AUGCCCGGCUCUCCAGCAAACCAUGAGGAAAAGGGCCUCUACAAGCUCGAUUACAACCAUGGUCCUCCCAAGGCAAUCGAAUCAUGUCAAAACCUGAAAGAUGAAAACGCAUAUCGCACUAAUGCUGUUGGCUUGGUGAGCUCGGGGCCGUGCCUGGCAUCCCCGAGCUGCCGAGUGGGUGUCCCCGGCCAAGCACCCGCGAUCCCCGCGGCGCCCGGGACACCCGAGCGGGAGCUCCGUGGCCUCGCUCCCUGUCACCGCAGGGCGCUGAGCCCGGGGCUGUCCCGCCGCUGUCCGCGGCUCCCCUGGCGGCCGGAGCCCCUGCCCGGGGCCGGAUCAGCGCGCCCGGCCCCACGGCCGCCCCGAGCCGUGCCGUGCCGUGCCGUGCGGAGCCGUGCCGUGCCGUGCCGUGCCGUGCCGUGCCGUGCCGGGGGCGGGCCCGGCCGUGUUUGCCAACAUGGGAGGAGCCGGCGGGGCAGGGCGCGGGCAGCUCGGGCUGUCCCGCAGGGACGGGCCACUUCCAGCCGGAAGGUGACGGGCAGCGGCGGCAUGGGGACGGUGCGGGACGGCGGCGGCGUGGCCCGGGGGCUCCUUGCCCUGCUCCUCGUGUGUCUCUUAAUUAUUGAAAUACAGUGCAAAAAUGAUACUGAAGCUCAAAUAACAUCCAAUAGGAGGAUCAUUUCCAGGAGGGAAAUUACCUGCAAGGAAGAUGAAUACAAUUUAGAUACUGAGUGUUGCAAGAAAUGUAGAAGUGGUUUUGUUAAAAAUAUCUCCUGCCCAAAAGAUAUCAUCAAACACUGUGCUCCUUGUGAGAAAGGAAAGGAAUUCAUGAAUCACCCUAAUGACUUGGACAAGUGUUUGAGAUGCAGAUGGUGUGACAGCGCGUCGGGUUGGGAGGUUGUGAAGAACUGUACCCCAGAAGAGAACACACAGUGUGCCUGUGCAAAGAACUAUUUUUGCGAUCCUGCAGGAUGUCACAGUUGUUUACCAUGUACCAAAUGUGAAAGCGGUGUAAUUGAAAAACAAUGUACUUCAGCUUCAGACACUGUAUGUGGAACAAAAGAACCAGCAACGCUGUGGUGGAUCAUUGCUUUGGUAGUUUUGGUAGUACUACUAGCAAUAGCUGGAGCAAUAGUCUGUUACAAGAGAAAACAGAAGGGUCUUACAAUCAAUGAGCCCCCAAGUAAUGGAGUUUACAAACCACAGCCAGAGAAUGUACCUCUCAUAGUUCCAGAUGUUGACCUGAGCAGCCACAUUCCUGGUAUUGUGGCAGAGAUGACACUCCCAGAAGUCAAGAAAUUUGUUCGUCACCACCAUGUAUCAGAACCUGCCAUAGACCAGAGCAUUCAGGAUUAUCCUGGUGAUACAUCUGAACAGAAGAUUAAGCUGUUUCGAGUCUGGUAUCAAAGUCAUGGGAUGAAGGGAGCCUAUGGAACCCUAAUAAGCAGCCUGAGAGAGUUAAAAAUGUGUGCUGUAGCUGAUACAGUUGAGGAAAAACUGAAGGCAGCUAUUUCCAGCUCUCAGGAAGGGGGACGGUCUUAUAAUCCUGACACUGAGCGAAGCAAAACUUGCACUCAGGAAGGUGGAAACUCUUACAAUGAGAGUGCUGAGCUAAGUAAAGCCUAUACUGUUAGUUUGGAAGAGACCUAGCACAGAGUAAUUUGAAAACUAUUUCUGAAUGAGUAUUAUUCUAAUAUAAAUAACAAAGUUUUUAAAUGACAUUUCAUUGACAGUUCUGAUUGAACUCAAGUAAGUUAUUAUAUGCAAAAGGAAUAAUUACGAAUUUUGUAGCAGUAUCUUUCCUUUAAAAAAACUUCUAGCCUUUUUUGGUUGUUAAGGACUUGAAGAAGUUUUAUGACUUGUUUACGAAAAGGUGCAAUACAAGACUCCAGCUACAGGAUUCAUUACAAGAGGAAAGAAGUUAUAAUUUGAAGAAAAGGAAUGGUUUAAAUGCAUGGUCCUGCAUUAUUUAAUCAAUGUAAGGUUAUGCAUACAUUAAAAAUGCAGGCUGUUCCUUUUUUUUUUUUUUGAAGGGAAAGCUCUGGUGUUAUGAACCUACAAAGUGUACCAGGAAGAAUACUUGAAAAAAAAAGUUACCUGCCUUACACCUGAUUAAUUUGAAAUAUAGGUGUUGCUGUGUAGAUUCUACUCUGUUGCAAAUACAAUUUCUAUUUUUCAUAAAAGCACUUCUGUGUGUAUAUGGAGUUUUGUAUAUGUGUGCAAGAUUGGAGUUUUGUAUAUGUGUGCAAGUUUUCUAGAAAAAGCUCCCAGUUCUAGGCAAAAAUAAUUACCUCUGUUGUUCUCAGCAAUGUUUGUAAGCCUCUUCUAAUGUUUGAAACCUUCAGAGAAAUAGGAGCUGAAGGGUUAACAGCACAACAGAACCAUCAUUUCUGGAAGGCAACCUUCAGAGUGUAUGAUGCUUUUCUAAUGCAGAAAUUGAUGCAAUGAAAUUGUCUUUUUCAUUAAAAAAAUCUGCAUAAUACA